CGAGCAAGGCUCGAGAGCGCGAGCACAGAACACCCAAGCGCGAGCAAAUAGGUGUUCUCUCGAUUGGCUGUAUUCGGAAACGAUUCUGAUUAACCCUUUUGGAAAACAACAAAUGAUUUAGGCGUUAGCGAUCACAUCAUGAGGAUGAAUUUAUUCCACGCCAUUUCGGUCGACAAGGACCAGGAUGAUCUGGUCUUAGGCCCCGAUUUACCGAUGUUUAGAGACCACCUGGAACUCAGUGAACGGAUCAGAAAGACACUAUAUUACGGAAAACUGCCUACGACGGACCGACCAUCAUUGGCGCUGACAGAAAUCUCCGUUCAGAUGUUUUCAAAAGUGCUGCCAAACGAUGGGCUCAAAGUUCUGGACAUGCACUACGCAGCUUCAGUGUCAAGUGGCGCAUGUCUCAACUCGAGAGUCACGGGUGGCAGAAUUCACAAAAGGAGGUCUUGCAUCACUCCAUGCUCCAUGAUGCUGGCUAUGGUUUACUUGGACCAACUGCGACACAAGAAUCCACAGUACAUGACUUCUGUUUCAUCUUGCGACUUGUUCCUGGUAUCCAUGCUUGUGGCUUCAAAAUUCCUGUACGACGAUGGUGAAGAGGAUGAAGUCUUCAACAGUGAAUGGGCUACAUCAGCGAACAUGGAGCUGAAGGACCUGAACCUUUUGGAGCGAGAGUUUCUGGGUGCUUUUGACUGGAACUUGUAUGUGAAACCCAAGGAAUUUGCACGUGUUCUGGACAAAAUCGAAACAAGGAUUGCAUACAUGGAGUCCUCAAAGCGAGGCUGGACCACUUACACAGAUGUGUGUGUGCUGAGCAAAAGUGCUGUGCUCGGGCGUUGUUGGCUACUAGUCUAUGACGGUGUGAUCAAGGUGAUUGCCGUAUCUGCCAUUGCCUAUGUUGCUGCAGCGUUGACUCUCUUCGGUUCAGCAGCCCUUGCACACAAGGUUUCCCACACAGGCCAGCAGCUGUUACAGGGUACCAGUCUUGGCAACCAGAACAUAAACUUUUUUGCCACUCAUUCUAAUGCCAGCAAUGUCUUGCCGUGUGUUGUGCCCCCUUUUCUGAGCCCCUGCACUGAUCAAGACCGACAAGGCAUUGUUGAAUGUAUUCCGGACAAACCUCUUCAUGUACCAAACAAACCUCUUUGCCAGCAUUCCAAACCGGCUUCCAACCUGUCAGCCAGCCACAGAGUCUUGGCUCGAACCCGAGCUUCACUUGUUUGCACUGGAGUGCCUCACCAUCCACAGAAGGCUAAUUGUGUGGAAGUGACAUUCAGCCUCUGGCAGCUGCCUCAUCAUUGGUGAACUUCUAUGGCUUUGUUUGGACAUCCUACGGUGUGUGGCUGCAGAGGAGGUGCACUUGUAAAUGUAGGGCCCGGUGCUUUUUGUGCUGUACAUAAUAACCUCAGGACUUGGAUGGGGUUAUGGUAGGAGUGGAAAAUUUCCAUGUCACCGUCCUCUCUGUACCACUGUAAACAAAAUGGUUCUGUCUCCCCCCCCCCCUCCCACUUUUUUUUUUCACAUCACUUUGGAACCUUUGGAACUAAGCAUCCAGCAGACAGAAUUUUUGCAGUACUCUUUAAAUACUUUGAAAUUUCUUAAGAGAAGCAUCAGGAGCGCUGGUAAAAUACUGGCAUUUUGUAUGUUUUUUUCUCUCCCUCUAAAUCUAGGCUUUGUCAUUGCAAUGCUAAUCAUAUCUGUACAAAAACCAGCCAGUUCAGCUGGUACUUUCUUCUGCCUAAUUUCUUUCAAAAUAAAAAAUAAAAGCACACUGCACAUUGUUGGGUGGCUUCACUGAUGCACUACAGAACAUGUCUAUGCAAGUCUUGGUAUCAUUUAUUGUGUCAAAUUGUGAAGCUUUUAUCCAGGGUAUAAUGAAGUUAUACUGCCAGUCCCAUUAAUUCGUUAGUGGGUAGAAAAGUUGGAUUUGUGUUUGGAAAGUCAAGUUAAAAAAUGCUUUGAGCUAACUGCAUAUUAGAGCUAUACUAGCAAUUCAUAGCUUUUUAGAACUAAAAUGGGAUUGCUUUUUAUGUGUUCUUAGGAUAUUGUAUUAGGUAAAGGACACCUUAGGAUGCUACGUUUAUUUUGGCUUCCGCUUUUAAAACGCAACAAGUGUUAAGAGACUGAAGAAGCUAGACGUUUUUACAGCCUUUAGGGGCACUAGUUGGUAAAAGAGUGUUGUACAACAUGAAAUAUGUGUAUGCUGGGAGCCCUAGAAAAUUGCUGUGUAUGUGACUGCAAUGUAACACAUUGCUCUCGUGCAUCAAAUCCUUGUGCUCAAGUUGGCUGAUUAGAUGCUACAGCCAGUAGUUGUCCUUUGGUGAAAUGUUGAAACAUUUUAAACAUUCUUUUAUUAAAUUAAGGAGCUUUUUCUGCUGAAUACCCAACCUUAAGUGAGCAUCAUUAUCAAGUCGAUCAGCUUUUUAAUAUUUAUAUUGUAAAAAAACUGCAUUGUUGGAACCAUUGAUGGCAGUACUUACGGACCACUCUUGCUCAGUGUGUACAAAACUUCAUUUAUUGAGCUUUUCAUUCAUUGAAAAUAAAUCUGUGCUGCUUGCC